CAGCUCCCCGCUUGUUUUUGUGAUAUCAACCAGAAGGAGCAGGGCACGGCAGUAAGUAAGCAGCGGGUCUUAACGGUGCUCCCCGCGCAGGAGAAGGGCGCAACUGGUAUUUUUGAAAAAAAAAAAAAAAAAUUGAAGUAUUUCUUCCGUUUUAAUGACCAGCCUGUCCGUCUAACUGCAACAAGCUGAGGAGGAUACAGUCGUUUGGACGGUGCUGAACGGAGAGCGCGGCGGACAUUGAAGGGAUGGAGGGACCUAGAAAGCAGUCGUCGUCGUGAGGCUGAGAGACAGACGCUAAUUUGGAGCAGCAGCAGGUGUACGGAAGGAUAAAGGCAGAACCGGAGGGAAUCUCAGUGUUCAUGAAACUUUGCUACGAUUUACGUGCUGGGGUUGCCGUCCGCCAUGUUAAGGUAAAGCCCAGGUGCGCGGUGUUGACCAUGCUAAAGCGCCUGGACAAGAUCCGCUUCCGAGGUCCCAGGUCGAGAGACGACUUCCCGGAUCUGGGCGAGUCGCCACCUGCCUCCGACAACGAAUGUAACGACGACGUGCCGCCGAAGCCCCGAGCGGCUCCGCGGGACACGGAGGACGUCCUGCGAGAACCUGCUGGUUCAGGGUCUCCCACCAUGGCAGCUGCCGUACAGGACUUCCAGAGGUCGGAGUCGGAACGCCUCAGCGAAGUCAAAGGUCACUUGGAAAUAGCCUUAUUGGAGAAACAUUUCCUACAAGAGGAGCUGAGGAAGUUGCGGGAAGAGACCAAUGUGGACUCACUGCGGCAGGAGCUGGAGAGAGAGCGGAGUAAACGGCUGGAUCUGGAGCAGAAGAUGAACGAGGUCCUCAGGACGAGAUUGGAGGACUCUCCACCGCAGCCUCCCCGAAAACAGCAGUCGCCCUCCAACAAUGGCACGGCGGAGAAGCAGCAGAAGGAGGUGUGGAGUUCGCGGCUGCAGAAGUGGCUCUAUGAGCGGUUCGGGGUUUACAUCGAAGACUUCCGCUUCCAGCCGGAGGAGAGCACUGUGGAGACGGAGGAGCCGCUAAGUGCUAAAAGGUUGACAGAAAACAUGAGGCGACUCAAACGAGGAGCCAGACCUGUCACUAAUUUCUUAAGGAACCUCUCCGCCUUAUCUAACUGGCACUCUGUCUACACCUCAGCUAUUGCCUUCAUUAUCUACAUGAAUGCUGCUUGGCAUGGUUGGGCCAUUCCCAUGUUCCUCUUCCUGGCCAUCCUGCGCUUGUCUUUGAAUUACCUCAUUGCCAGAGGGUGGAGGAUUCAGUGGAGCAUUGUGCCUGAAGUGUCUGAACCCAUGGAGCCCCCAAAGGAAGACCUGACUGUAUCUGAAAAGUUUCAGCUUGUACUUGAUGUUGCACAAAAAGCUCAGAACAUCUUCGGUAAGAUGGCCGACGUUCUGGAGAAGAUAAAGAAUCUGUUCAUGUGGGUUCAGCCAGACAGCACCAGGAAGCUCUACAUCUGCCUGUGGGUUGCUUUCAUCUUCUCCUGCGUCCUCCCGUACAAGCUGAUGGGUUUUAUGAUGGGGGUGUAUGCCGGUAUCAAGUUCUUCAUCAUAGACUUCCUGUUUAAGAGCUGUCCGAAGCUUCGGGACAAGUACGACACGCCAUACAUCGUGUGGAACAGCCUCCCCACCGACCCCCAGCUCAAAGAGCGGACCAACGCCACUGUGUCCCGGCGGCUCUCCUGCAUUGAGAAGGUUCAGCCGGUGGUGUCUCGGAGCAGCCUCGCCACCGUCCCCAGCGGCAUGAGCAGAGAAGAUGACGCGGGUCGCUCCCACAGCACCAAAAAGGGCCCCUUCCACGAGAUCUUCAACCUGCCGGAAACGGAGCGCCCUCUGGCGGUGUGCGAGAACGGCUGGAGGUGUUGUCUGAUAAACAGAGAUAGGAAGAUGCCCACGGACUACAUCAGGAAUGGAGUUCUUUACGUCACGGAGAAUUAUCUUUGCUUCGAGAGCUCCAGCUCCAAAUCCAGCUCCUCCAAGAAGAAUAAAGUGAUCAAGCUAGUGGACAUCACAGACAUCCAGAAGUACAAAGUGCUGUCGGUCCUGCCAGGAAGCGGCAUGGGCAUCUCUAUAGCCACUCCCUCCACUCAGAAGCCGCUGGUGUUUGGCGCCAUGAUCCACAGAGACGAGGCGUUCGAGACCAUCUUCACCCAGUACAUGAAGAUUGUGACCACCUCCAAGCCACCGACCAGCGCAGAGCUUUAGGCUCUUCCUCACUUCCACUCCUCGUCGAUGUUGGGGAGCUUCCGAUUCCCUCAAACUCCUCCGGCUCCCUGGACGAGUGCCAGCUUCUUGUUGGAGGCACCUAGGGGACACUGCUCAUCCUGAAGGGGGCGCUGACGGAGAAGUCGUUUUAACCAAUCAGCAGAGGGCUGAUGGAGGAGCUGGAUCUCCUCUUCCAACCGACUUUUUUUUUUGGCUUUCUUGGUUCUGGUGUUGCAUGUGUGGGAGUGCGUGUUAUUGUGCGUCAGUUUUUUUUCUUCUUUUUUUUUUUCCCUCUGCCACUCCCCAGUCAACGGGGCGCUGUCUGCUGCUAGCAGAUAACAGAACCUACUUUAAACUGCCAGAUGCAGAAGUUCAUGCUGUAUAUCAAAGUAUUCAUGUCAAACCGGUGCCUCUUGGCUAAAACCCAACAGAACCAGAGGUGUGAACAUGUCCGACUGUUUCUGUUUUUCUGUUUUCUUCUGUGUUUUAUUAGCUGUGAAGAUGUCAGCCUGCGACUGACACCAGAGCCUUUCUGUUAGUUUACAUCGCCGUUUUCGGGUGUUAAACACGUUUCUUCGGCGCCGCCGUCCGGCUUACGAACUGACAAAACGUCUCGGCCUCCACUUCCGUGUUUUUGUAAGUGUGCAGACGUGAAAUAUGUCGAACUUUUUUUUUUGUUUUGUUUUGUUUUUUUUGCCGCCUUAUCCUUUCAGUCUUUUGUUUGUCUUCUUAACAGCUUUUGUUUUUUUUUUUUUUUUUUGUUUGGAUGCUGGUUGUGGUGCGAGCUGCCCAUUGUAUCCAAGACGAGAGCACAACCCCGACUGCCAUUUAGAUACGUGACGGUUGGAAAUCGCAGAUUCCUCACGAGCUGUUUGAAGAAAUCUAUUUUUGUUUUUUUGUUUUUAAAAACAGCUGGUAUAUUUGCUGCACUUUACCAGAACUCCUAACUGAACUAGUCGGGAUGCAUGUUGGACACUUAAAAUCCUGACGCAUUCAUUUGUUCAGCAAAAGCACUCUGAAGUCCCUUGAAGAAAAUGUGCAAUUAAAAUAAUGAUUUAACCCUCACGUUAUUUAUCAGCUGGAAAUCAAAGCUAGCUUGAGUAGAGAAAUGUAAAGGAAAAAAAAAAAACUCUUCCGAUUUAUCUCACUUGAAAUGAGUAAAAUUUUAGCCAGAAAAGUUAAAACAUUAUUCUACAAUAACGAGACAUACAGUGCCUCACAAAAGUAUCCAUAACCGCUUAACUUUUUCAUCCGACACAUUUUAUGAAGGUUUUACCACACAAAAUACUGCUUUGUCAGGUGGCAGGAAUAAUACUUUUAUAAUUAGAAGUCUGAGUUGUGGGAUGUUUUUAUUUAUCCCUCAUUCCCCCAUUAAUCUGUAUUGCAAAUUUUCAUUUGUGUCAUCCAAAUGCUAGUUUUUUCCAUUUCUCCUCAACUAAAUAACUGAAGUUUAAUCAGAUUGGAUGGAGAUUAUAUGUGGACAUCAGUUCCAAGAAUAUCUAUAUUAGACCCCCCGGGGGGAAAUUUACCUUUUACUAAAUGUAAAAUUACUAAAAUGUACAUUUAGUAAAUUUACACUUACUAAAGUGUAAAUUUAGAAAAUUUACAUAUAGUAUUGUAAAUAAUGUAAAAAAAAUGUAAAAUUAUUAAUC